ACAGGAGCAGGAGGGGUUCUGGAGUUGACUGCAUGCAGGAAAUUUCUCACAUCCUGAGUUUUCCCUGCCUGCCUGCUCGCUCGCUCGCUCUGUAACUCAGUGUUCAUGGGGCUGUCCUCCAGUCCCAGCUGAUGAAAAGUUGGGUCUCUCAGCCGGGGCUAAGAUGUCCAAGCCUGCCCGGGCAGAGCAGCAAGGCAAGCCUCCUGCUGUCCACCCUGCAAGCCCGCUCUUCUUCCUACGCCUCAGCCUGACCUGCCUCUUACUCGCCCCCUCUGCCCAGGCUCAAGGGGAUGAAAAAAGUAAAUUGGAAUUCUCUAGGCAAGGGACUUCAACCAACCAACCCGAGCAUUAUGGAAUAGUGAUCCCUUAUUUCCUGAUUGGUAAACAAUGGAAGCCAAUGAAGGAUUUUUAUUUACAGACUCACCCAGCAGAGCUGAAAUGUCUUGUACAGGCUGGAAGUGAGGAACUUGUCAUCAUCCUGGAGAGAAAUGAUGGCCUGUUUGCUGGCAACUUCACCGAAACACAUUAUUUGGAAGAUGGUACCAGUGCUGUUCUCAUGCGUAAUCACACAGGUCAAUGCUUCUACCAUGGCCAUGUGCAAGGUUAUGCUGGGUCUGCAGUAAGUCUGAGUACUUGUUCUGGACUCAGGGGACUUAUUUUAUUCGGAGAUAAAGCCUAUAUUUUGGAGCCAUUGGAAGGUACUACAAAUGAGCAUGUAAUAUAUGAAGCAAUGAAGCUAAAAUUAGCCCCCGGUUCUUGUGGCUAUCAUCUCAACAUCUCAGGUGUCACACUUCAAGAUACUGUACAGCCUCUUCAGACAUUUACUGGCCGGCGCAAGAGGGAAGCCAUGAAAUCCACCAAAUAUGUGGAGCUCAUUAUAGUGGCUGAUAAUCGAGAGUUUCAGAGACAGGGCAAGGAUGUGGAAAAGGUGAAGCUGAGACUGAUAGAAAUUGCAAACUAUGUUGAUAAGUUCUAUAGGCCAUUAAAUAUUCGAAUAGCCUUAGCUGGAGUAGAGAUCUGGAAUGAUGCAGAUAAAUGCACAAUAACCCAAGAUCCCUUCACCAGCCUCCAUGAAUUUCUGGAUUGGCGAAAGUUGAAACUACUACCUCGUAAACCCCACGACAAUGCACAGCUUGUGAGCGGAGUCUAUUUCCAAGGUACAACCAUUGGCAUGGCACCUAUAAUGAGCAUGUGUACUGCAGAACAGUCUGGAGGUGUUGUUAUGGAUCACUCAGACAGCCCUUUGGGAGCAGCAGUAACACUGGCUCAUGAGCUGGGCCAUAAUUUUGGGAUGAACCAUGAUACACUGGAAAGAGGUUGCAACUGCAAAGCAGCUCCUGACAAAGGGGGCUGCAUCAUGAACCCUGCAACUGGCUACCCAUUUCCCAUGAUGUUCAGCAGUUGCAGCAAGAAAGACUUGGAGAACAGUUUGGAGAAAGGAGUGGGGAUGUGUCUUUUCAAUCUGCCAGAAGUUAAGGAAUCAUUUGGUGGGCCUAAAUGUGGGAACGGCUAUGUAGAAGGAGGAGAGGAGUGUGACUGUGGCGAACCUGAGGAAUGUACAAAUCAAUGCUGUAAUGCUACUACCUGCACUUUAAGACCAGGAGCAGUGUGUGCCCAUGGACUUUGCUGUGAAGAUUGCAAGCUGAAGCCAGCAGGGAUCUUAUGCAGGCACUCCAGUAAUUCCUGUGACCUUCCUGAAUUCUGCACUGGCAGCAGCCCUCACUGCCCAGCCAAUGUGUAUCUGCAUGACGGGCAUUCUUGCUACAGGAUAGAUGGAUACUGCUAUAAUGGCAUGUGCCAAACCCAUGAACAGCAAUGCAUCACACUCUGGGGGCAAGGUGCCAAGCCUGCUCCUGGGAUAUGUUUUGAGAGAGUCAAUUCUGCCGGGGAUCCUUAUGGGAACUGUGGCAAGGAUUCUAAAAGUUCCUUUGCCAAGUGUGAACCGAGGGAUGCUAAGUGUGGAAAAAUUCAGUGUCAAGGGGGAGCCAAUCGACCUGUAAUUGGUACCAAUGCUGUCUCCAUAGAAACAAACAUCCCAUUACAAGAAGGAGGCAAAAUUUUGUGCCGUGGAACCCAUGUUUACUUGGGGGAUGACAUGCCUGAUCCUGGCCUUGUUCUGGCUGGAACAAAGUGUGAAGAUGGAAAAAUCUGUCUCAACCGUCGCUGCCAAAAUACGAGUGUAUUUGGUGUUCAUGAAUGUGCAACAAAAUGUCAUGGACGUGGAGUCUGCAACAACAAAAAGAAUUGCCACUGUGAGGCCCACUGGGCACCUCCCUUUUGUGACAAGGCAGGAUUUGGUGGCAGUGUAGACAGCGGGCCAGUUCGACAAUCUGAUAACCGGAAUUUAUUAAUAGGGCUGUUUAUAACUAUCCUGUGCCUUCUAAUUGCUGGUUUAGUUCUAUACAUCAAAAGAAAGAUUUUGAUUAGAUUGUUCUUUAUUAAUAAGAAGACCACAAUAGAGAAACUAAGGUCUGUGAGUCCAGCAAGGCCUUCCAGCACUUUUGAACCUAAUCAUAUUCCUUCUUCAGCCGUCAGUAAAAACCUAGCCAAUGAGCCGCAAAGCAUGAGCACACAUAAGAGAAAUGAUCCACAAAAAGUGCUACGAUAUCAGACAGGUGAUAUUACUAAGUCUAUGAAGACCCAGCAUAUUUCACACUCAAGUCCACGAGAACGUGUCUUGCCUCCCAUUUCCAAGAUAACUUGUCAGCAGCCAGUUCCUAGAAAUUUGUUGUCUGCAAUCCCUUCAACACAUGAGCAGGCAUCUUGCAAGCCAAGUCCUCCUCAAAAGCCUUUGCCAGCUGAUCCUCAGAAGAGCAAAUCAGCCCAGUUUACCAGUGGAUUCAGGACGGUGCAUGGGCUUCCAAAACCUGUGCCUCACCUUGCUCCUGUCAGGCCUGCACCUAAACAUCCACCUCACGUGCCUAGACCCUGCAAUGCUGCCAACAUGAAAUGAGAAAAAGGAAGACCAUUUUUAUCCAGAAAAGUGAAGACAGAUGUUUGCACUAUUUUCCGCUCUAGUUGGAGAUCAAUAUUUUUAUAAUUAUAGGUAGAAAAUCCUGUUAUUUUUAAGAACUUUUGAGUACUGCCUUUGGUGCUAUGCUGUAUGAAGGUGGUCCAUGUCCUUGCUCAGGUACUUGUAAAUUAUUAAUUUAUGCUGAAUAUGUAUUACAGUGCAGAGCACUGUAGUAGAUAUCAUUUCACCACAACUAAAUUUUCCUAGGAAGGAAGCCAUUUUUGUAACGUUCAAGCACUCUUGAACCAUCCUUCAUUGCAGUUUUUUCAACAGGCUGUGCACACUCUUCAACAUUCAUUUAAUUUAUAUCUGUUCUUUCCAGUAUCCUUACUGGGGCUGAAAUGAAACUUCCAGAAUACGGUACUGAUGAAAUUCAAAAGUAUUUCAAAACUCCCAAAGGCCAAUACUUGAUCAGUGGAAUCUGGCAGCAAAAUUUAAUUUUCUGGGAUAAACAUUAAAGGAAGGGGAAACUGCAAUUGCCAGUUCUGUUGCCCAUUGAUAUUCUGUUGAAUUCUUGUGUGAAAAUCAAAUAAAAGUAACUGUACACAUUUAUCAGGGCUAAGCUGUUGAAACAAACAUCAUACAAAUAUUUCAGCAUAGAAAUUCAGCCACUGAAUGUUGAAGUCAUCUCUAACAACAUACAUAUUUACCACAUGUAAUUGUCUAUCACCGCUUGCCAGAAAUGGAAAUGUUGCAUACCCUGAGUAUAUUAAUGGCAAAAUACUGCUGUUGGUGGGCUUUACUCUAUUCCUUCUGGUGGUUCAGGAAAAGACAUCACAGCAUGUGUCAGUGGUGCCUCACAACCACAUCUGUACUGCUAACAGAGAAAGGGAACCUCCAUUUGCAGACCAUUGUGCAAGAAUUUGGGAAGCUGCAAUUACUGGGUAUUCAGCCUCAGAAACACAGUAAUGUCAGCAGAAGCUGUUGACAGCAAGGUGCAGAACCUGAUGGCUGUACCUCCCUUGCAAGAGUCAGGGAAAGGGAGAGGCAGUUGCUAUCACUUCUGCGGCACAUCACUUCCUUUAAGCCCUUCACCACCUGCUAUACAAGAAUUGUCGGAUUUACUCCAGAGUAGUUUGAAAGCCCCUAUUUAAUCAAUGUUUAUAGGAGAUUUCAUGGUAACCAACUAUUUACCAAGAGGGAAUUGGUGAAGGUAAGACAGCAGCUGUUGCAGAGAAAUAAUACACACAUGUGAUGUAUACAGAAGGCAUCAGGCACCUACUUAUAUCAUCUACAUUCACCAUGCUGCUGCAGAGCUGUCCUUUCUUUUUAAGCAUUAAAUAUAUUUUUGAGGCUCAAAUAUCCCCAAAUUGGCACUCUUCUUUUGAUAAGAAAGGUAGCCUCGAAUAUCCAGUUUCUGACACAUGACCUUGGAGGUGACAGCAACAGAUUCCAAAGUUAAACAUACAGUAGAAGGAUUGAUUUCAGCUCUUGUAUUUAUUUUCAUCAAUCAGUCAUCUGAUUCAAAGCCAGAGUCCCACUGAUUUAGAUAAAUCUUCAACCAGAUUACACUGACACAAUCCAUUUUCCCCCAUACUAUAAUGAAAUGCUGUAUCUGCUCAAAGCUGUGCAUCAUGUUUCAUUGUACUGUAAUCUUAAAAGCCUGUAUUUCAAGAGAGUGUAUAGCUUUCAAAACUUUUUCUUAAUGACAUGAAAAAUACUGUAUACUUACCGUGUUUCCCCAAAAAUAAGACAGGGUCUUAUAUUA